AUGGCUACCUACUAUGGAAAAAAUGCGGUCAUCAUCGGCGGGAGUCAUGGUAUUGGACUAGAAGUUGCUAAAACCCUCGUUUCCCAAGGUGCCAGGGUGGUCGUCUCCGGACGGCGCGCAGAACCGGUUGAGGCUGCGGCAAGGGAGCUCAAUGGACUAGUUGCCGGGGCUUCUCUUGUUGUUCAGUCAGACAUUACCUGUAUGAAGAGUCAUGAGGAAUUCGAGGAUUCCGUCAAACAGCAUUUGCUGGCCGAUGGUGACUCCUCCAUCGACUUCCUCUUUAUCAACGCUGCCUAUGCCAAUCUCAUCCCGUUCAAGUCUGUUACUGAAGAAGACUUCGACAAACACUUCAAUACCAACACACGAGGGCCCUUCUUUAUCGCUCAGCGGCUGAUACCGUACAUUCGACAGGGUGGGUCUAUUGUGUUCACCACAAGCGUAUCCAUCGGCACCGGGUAUCCGGGUAUGGCUGCAUAUUCCGCAUCAAAGGCAGCGGUGUACUCAAUUGUGCAGACGCUUGCUGCUGAAUUGGCCAGCGGGGAGAACGGCAAAGAGGGUAUCAGGGUCAACGCAGUAAGCCCCGGCUUCGUUGACACGCCGACCAUGGGAAUUAUAGGUGCAACGAAGGAGGAUAAGGAGGCAUUUGCGAAGAUUGGCGCCCAGACAUCGCCAAUGGGUCGAAUCGCAAAGCCCAUAGAAAUUGCCAAGGCCGCUUUGUUUUUGGGCUUCGAAGCCACAUAUACAACUGGUAUCGAGUUUGUGGCCGAUGGAGGCUCCAGAUAUUUGAGUACCCAGCUAGAAAGUCACUGA